UCUACACAUUCGUAAACAAAACAGUAUCAUUCGCGAGGGAAACAGAGACUUGUGCCCAGCAAAUUUGUCGGCGGUUUUGACAUUUUAAAGGCGGAUCGAUCGGAGCCGGUCUCUGGAGGCAAAUGGAUGAAAAAUCCGGAAAACUCAACAAAGAAUCGCCUAAAAGCGACGACGAUGAAAAGCCCAGCUGUAGUAAGAAGGAAGAGCAACAAAGACAGGAGGAUGAAGAUUUGGCCAACAUUGUAACGGCCGAGGAAUAUUUGAUGCGCAAGGAUGUGAUUCUUUUGGAUUACGAGAAGCAAAUGUUCCUGGAUAUGGUCCAUGCCGAUGCACUGAUGGUGUGUGCCAAGGGCUUAUCAUAUGAACGGGUUUUGCUAAAUAUUCUCAAGGCCUACAGCGAUGCCGGUAACUUGAUCCUGGUCAUCAACAGUUCUGAUUGGGAAGAGGAAUAUUACAAGAGUAGAUUGGAAAAGAAGUAUAUACAUGAGGUUGCGAAUACAGCAACAGAGAGGGAACGUGUUUAUCUGGAAGGAGGCAUUCAAUUCAUCACAACUCGCAUACUGGUAGUUGAUCUUUUGAAACAACGAAUCCCUGUCGAACUUAUAACGGGAAUUGUAGUACUUAGGGCUCACACCAUUAUUGAAUCGUGCCAAGAAUCAUUUGCUCUCCGCCUGUACCGACAGAGAAAUAAAACCGGCUUCAUCAAAGCCUUCUCAUCCAGUGCUGAAGCCUUCACCAUUGGCUUUGGCCAUAUUGAGCGCAUAAUGCGUAACCUUUUUGUAAAGGAGCUUUUCAUAUGGCCACGUUUCCAUGCCUUGGUGCAGGCUUCGCUAAAACCAUAUGAGGCACAGACAAUAGAAUUACAUGUACCCUUGACCGAGAAGAUGAAGUUGAUGCAAACCCAUAUAUUGGACAUCAUGAAUUACUUGGUGAAGGAAAUUAAACGCAUCAAUCGUACUGUGGAUAUGGAGGAAAUUACAGUGGAGAAUUGUGUAACCAAAAAGUUCCACAAGAUUCUGCAGGCCCAAUUGGAUUGUAUAUGGCAUCAGCUUAACUCUCAAACUAAGUUAAUUGUGGCGGACUUGAAAAUUCUAAGGAGUCUCAUGAUUUCCACCAUGUACAACGAUUCCGUAAGUUGUUAUGCUCUCAUAAAACGCUACAGAACUAAAGAGUAUGCCUUAAGUAAUUCUGGUUGGACUUUGCUCGACUCUGCCGAACAAAUUUUCACACUGUCCAAGGAUAGAGUGUACAACGGUCAAGGUGAAUUUGAUCCUGAACAUUGCCCCAAAUGGAAAUUUUUAAGCGAGAUUCUAAAAGUCGAAAUUCCCGCUGACAUGAAACGCACCAAACCUAAUAGCUAUGAUCCUCCCAAAGUACUUAUUCUCUGUCAGGAUUCACGUACUUGUUAUCAGCUUAAGCAGUACUUGACGCAAAGUGGCGAACGUUAUCUUCUGUACACGGCCAUGAGAGAACAAAUUCCAGUAGGUAAACUGAGCAAUGUAUUUGACAAAAUUCAAGCUGGGAAAGAACUAGAAAUGUCAGUGGCACAAGAAAGUCAGCCGACCCAAAGAAAGUUCAUAAAGUCAGAGGCAAAAGAUUUGUCGGAGGAUGGUGAUGCGACGACAAACUCUUCGCAAUUGGAUGAGUUGUCUCAGCUGUUGACUCAGAACGACAUGGAGGAUCACUUACAAUACUAUCAGGAAAGCUAUAUGCUGACAAUGACUCAACCACAGUUUGACGAGUCAGAUCUGACGCUAAUGAAUGACAGCGGCACCGGGGCGGAGGAUAAUGUUGACAACUCGAUAUUUGAACCUUUUCCCGAAAUGGAGAAUUUAGAUAUUACAGCCGCCGUGGCAGCUCAAAAGCAACCGUUAAUUUGCUUGCAAACAUUCAAAACAGAAAGAGAAGGAUCCACGGUAUUGGAUCGUGUGCUGGAAGAGAUAAAUCCACAAUAUGUCAUUAUGUAUCACUGCAACGUAACCGCGAUUCGACAAUUGGAAAUAUAUGAGACACGUCAACGGCGACCAGCCAAGGAGAGAUUGAAAGUAUUCUUCUUGAUACAUGCUCGCACAGUGGAAGAGCAGGCAUACCUAACAAGUCUGAGAAGGGAAAAGCAGGCAUUUGAGUAUAUUAUUGAGACGAAAAGUAAAAUGGUCAUUCCCGAAUACCAAGAUGGCAAAAGUGAUGAAGCUUUCAAUCUAUACAAGGCAUAUAAACAUCCUGAGGACAGUAUUGAGACAGCCAAUGCUCAAAGCCGAAAAGCUGGCGGUCAAGUUUGUAAACAGGCGGAGGAAGAGCCAAACCCAAAAGUUAUCGUAGAUAUGAGAGAGUUUCGAUCGGAUCUGCCAUGUUUAAUACACAAAAGGGGCAUAGAAGUGUUGCCGGUGACAAUAACGAUUGGUGAUUAUAUUUUGACUCCAGAAAUUUGUGUAGAACGUAAAUCUAUAUCGGAUUUGAUUGGUUCCCUCAACUCUGGUCGCUUAUACAAUCAGUGCAUACAAAUGCAACGUUAUUAUGCCAAACCCAUACUUCUAAUCGAAUUCGAUCAGAACAAACCAUUCCACCUGCAGGGUAAAUAUAUGAUUUCGCAAAAUACCGCAACCACCAAUGCCGAUAUAAUGCAAAAAUUACAACUACUUACGUUGCAUUUUCCGAAAUUGCGGCUCAUUUGGUCACCAAGUCCGUAUGCCACAGCCCAAUUGUUUGAGGAACUAAAAUUGGGUAAACCUGAGCCAGAUCCCAAACAUGCUGCUGCCUUGGGUGCCGAUGAUACUGGCGCCUAUGAUGAUUUGAAAUUUAAUGCGAAUAUUUAUGAUUUUCUGUUAAAGUUACCUGGUGUCAAUACGAAAAAUGUCCACAAAUUGAUGCGUCAUGGAGGCUGUCUCAAGGAACUGUUAAAGAAAUCUCAGGUUGAAAUUAGCCAACUUUUGGAUUCGGAAGAAAAUGGAAAAUUGUUGUGGGACAUCUUGCACGUGGCACAUUUGCCGGAAAAAGAUGAAGUAUCGGGAUCUUCAGCGUUACUGGCCUCAAGCAAACAAAUGGGAACACAUUCACGUUUUCGACGUGGUGCUGCAGCCAAUGUGGGCAGUCGUGGUGGUUCCCUGCGAAAAUUUAAAAACUAAAGGCUUAAGAUGAUGUAAUGAAUUGUAUGAAAUAAGAAAUAAUAUAUUUGCAACAAAUGAAAUAAACGAAAAAUAAGCAAAUGCAUGCUGCUAUGGAAAUUGGAGUUAGACAGCAAGAGGUAAUUGAAGGAUAUUUCAAUCAUGUAUA